CAGCACGAUUCGCACAUUCGUACCCUCGUUGAAUCAGAAGCAUUUCAGGCAGGAAUCAACCCAGAAAGUGGCCAUCGCCAAAACCAACAAUGAAGUCACAAAUCCUCAUUAGUUUCGUCCUCACCGCCCUCUUCGGCAUCUCUACCGCUUUCGCCGUUCCCAACUGGCUGCGAGUCCCGCGAAGCGUCACCGCGCUCUCCGACUCAGCCGACGGCACUCCGACUACGAUCAGCCACCCAACAACAGUUCCAGUCCAUCCCCACGCUGUCACCUUCACGUCGCCGGCAGAAGGGACUUCCUCCGAUACCAAAAAAUCACCCAAAGUACCAACAACCAAGGACAACGGGAUCAGCAGUUGGGGCGGAUUCACUCGUAGGAAUGACGAAAGUAGCAACACCAACACGGACACAAGGGGAAGCGAAAAGCCCGAGAGCAAUGACGACGGGAGACACCAAGCCAUUUACCGACGAGGCGUGGCUGGCAACCCUGGGGCAAUCAUCGGAAUUGUUCUCGGCUGUCUUGCUUUUGUAGGGAUCAUGGUUUGGUUUGGCGUCUGUUAUCACAACGGAACGGUUGUUGAUUAGACAGGACCGGAGCAGAGUGCGUUCAUCUGUUUCCAUUGCCAAGGUAAGGGUGUAAGAGGCGAU